AUGCCUCUUCUAUUUCCCCAUGAUGAUGGUGAUGAUAAUGAUAAUAACAUGCCUCUUCAUCUUGUGCAGGUGUCCUACGAGGCUGCAGUCAGUGAAACACUGGAGGGAGCUAUUCAUGACCUGCAAUCAAAGUCAAAGAAAAUUCACAAUCUUAAUGAUGAACUGGUCGAGAAAUCCAAAAAACUAGACGAAGCCAUGGAUUUAGCAGCAAGAAGUGUAAUUGCAAAAGAGGAAUUUGAGAAAGAGAUUUAUGGCAAGUGUGCAGCUAUUAUAAAUGCCAAGAAACUCAGAAUACAGCAUUUAAAAUCAAAUCACCCAAGCAGCACAGUAGGCAGACCAGAAGGCCUCGUUAGAGCAACUGAGUAUACAGUAUCAACUUCUCAACCCUCCAAGAAAGCCAAAUAUGGGAACAGUGAUAGUGAUUGUUAUGACACAGACACUGAUGUUGAUGAUCCUGAUAAAGAAGACAUGGAUACAGAUGAAGAAAACAAAGUCAGCUGCUCAACAUCCAAACAGAAACAACAGCCCAAAGGGACUGUGCAUGUGACAGGCAAGGGUAAGGAACCAGUGACUGCUGUGAGCUCCCAAGAUGAUUUCUUUAAUGACAGCUUAGAGGCUGAACUUUAUCCUUUAGUUACAAGCAUUAAAAAGCAAAAUAUACCCAAAGGGACCAAUAAAAAUGGUACACAUUCCCUAAAAACUUCUCAAGCUAAUAAAGGCAAAUCAUCAGAAGCAGUGAGUUCAAGUGGAAAUUUACAGAAGUCUCUUGCAGACCCAGGAAGCUCACAAAAGUCUAUAAUUGAUGAGCUCUUUUAAAUAUGUCUUUUUAUGAACGUUGGGACGUAGCGGUGAAAUUGCAUUUUUAUUCUUUUUACCUUUUAUGAACAACAUUAUUGUUACAAUUAGUUACUCACAUAUUUUAUGUAAUACUAUUUGUGCUUAAUGACAAGAGGACUAAGAAAAAUAUAUUAGCUAUUUAGAAAAAUUGAUUACAUUGAUCAUGGUGCCUUUUAAACAUGUGCCUUUUAAUUGCUUUAAUUGUAUGCUAGUCAGUCCUUGUACAAAAAUCUUAAGCUGUAUUUUAUGGUUUCACACUGAAAGGGAAGUACUGUAUUGGGUUUUUAGAUAAAUAAAAACUAAGCAUGAAAGAAAUAAUGCACUGCACUUAUUUUCGAUUACAAACACAAAAUGUAAUUAUUUUGACAGCAUUUGAAAUAGAGUGUAAUGUAGCAGAUCACCUGUUAUCAGGUGAUGGGCUGUCCUGUGUCCAACAUUAUCUGGCAGUCUUGUGGGAGCUGGCAUCUAAACAGAUAAUGCUGGAAAAAGGAAUGUGCAAUAAAAAGGGACCAUAAAAACUGAGGUGCUCAUUUGGAGUUGUUGAAAAAUCCGGCACACUCUUUCCCUGAGGAUGCUGGGUAAUUAUUGAUGAUUUUUUUCUUUUAACAAACCAGCCAUAUCCCACCGAGGAAAGGUGACUUAAAAAGAAAAACGAAAGUUUCUCUUUUUAAAUUUAGUAAUGUAUACAGGAGAAGGGGUUACUAGCCCCUUGCUUCUGGCAAUUAUUGAUGAUCUACUGUAUGUGUCAUGGAUAAUUUAAAAGCUUUGAUUCUCCCUGUUUUUAUGUACACUAUAUUUUUUUAAUGUUUAUUGUAGGAGUAAUAAUGCAAUAUGAGAGGUGGUAACUAGGAUAAACUCUUAGAAAGCACUGACAUUAACUUUCUAUGCAUGAAAGCCAAUAAUACACAAAUUGUUUGUUUUCCCUCACCUGUCUGUUUGUCUGUGCGUCUGUCCUUCCCACCUCAAUUCAGCAUCGUCAACCAUUAUUUAUUUUUCUUUUCAUGUUUUUCUCAGCUCAAGUGUAACUAUAGAUAUAUAUAUUUAUGUGCUCAUACAUGCUAGCGGCUUUCUUUAUGCUUAACAGUAUUUUCCACAUGUAGACUACACGUUGUACACUAUGCAAAGAAAUAAA